AAUAUAAUUUGAGUAAGCAUUGAUUAUAUUGUACCCAAAUAAAUUUAAGUUAAAUUUUACGUUAUAACGAGAGCGAAAAAAGCGCAAUGGAAGUAAAUGUAGACGAUACUGGCCACAUGCCAAGGCUCGAUAAGAAUUGGGAAAUGGAUGAAUUGGAUAAAGAAAUUCUGAAGAAAGUCGCAGAUUGCUGCUCAAUUCAUGAAAAGAAGCCACAUAGGCGUCUGAAACCUCGAUCAUUGGAUGAUAUGGGAUACGUAUUCGAUGAAAACUUAAAAUGCAACCUUGUGUGCAACCAACAGGUAUUGGAGGAUGGUCUCAUCAAAAUGGUGGAGAACCGACGAUAUACAGAUAUCGAGGUGGAUGUGAGAGGUCACAUCUUCAACUGUCAUAUGGCUGUGCUACAGAUCUCAACGGAAUACUUUAAGAAAUUCCAAACAUUGGAUGCCGUGCUCAUCGACUCAAAGGAUGUAACCGUUGUAGGCUUUGAAAAGGCUUACGAUUGGAUGACCAAGGCAAAUGCAAUUCCACCGCGAGAGAACAUUGUUGAGCUCUAUAUGACAGCCAAGUAUCUGAAUAUGCCGGAGUUAUUAAAGCAGCUGUGGUUUUACUUUGAGGAUCGCAAUCAGUUCAGCGAGGGACAGGCUUUUAAACUCUUCUUAGAGACAGUGCCCUAUCAGGCAAUCACACUUCAGAAGUUUCUUCUCACUCGAAUUAGUUACUUCUUUCUGUCGGCCAUAAGCACUUUGGAGUUUCUGCAAUUGAAUGCAGAUCAAGUCCAUGCCAUGUUGGAUAGUAAUGUGGCAGGGGUCAAUAAUGAAUUUGAGAUUCUCAUGUGUGCUCUACGUUGGUUGAUGUGCGAUUGGAAGCGGCGCAGAAUACACAUCCAUCUGCUAAUGUCUGCUGUGCGAUUCGGUCUGAUGCCUCCUUGGUAUCUGCUCUCCCUAAGGGCCAAGCAAACGAUGCCUGAACUGCAGGAAAUCUGUGAAGAUCCCACCGUUCUGGAGAUGAUCAAUGAAGGACUCUCGUAUUCCGUCACACAGGAAUCCUUAAAUAAAGUGUCAAUGCAGUUGCAACAUGGCCCACAACGUGAAUGGAUUAUUGAUGAGCAUGCACCCCAUCAUCAUGAAUACAAGUGCCCUAAUUGGAAGUGUCUAGACUAUGAAAAGUUUAGCACCUAUGUCGACAGAGUUAUCAAUGUCGGGCCGCUCUUCUACAAGUCUCUCAAGCCCAAGACGUCUGCCAAUUUGAUGCCCUGCUGUCAGGAAACAUUAGAUACCAAAACUGUAUUGAACAAUAAUUAAAGUUUUUUGAUUCGAUUACAUUCAAA